AUGCAACUGUAGGCUAACAGGUCACUUAUUUUAUUUUUUUUACCUCCUGCAUACAUGGAUACUACUUGAGAACAACCUUAAGAAGGUUUAACUAGCGUAUUAUAUAAAAAAAGAUCCAUCUUUUGGUAUUGAUUUAAUUGUACAAUGGGAAACCAAUCUACGACUGCGCUGAGCAAAUUUAAGGAUUUUUUUUUUCUUCGAUUUAGGGGUGGAUUCUUAAAAACAGUCAGCUUCUCAAGCAUUCGUACCAUUAUAGCACUACACGAUAACAGGCUAUUUCUGAACUCUGUAUACACAGAUGAAUACACUUGCAGAGUCUCAUUUUGUCGAAAGACAAGUGAACCUUCUGAAAGUGCUUCUCUUCAGUUAGAUAAUUUCAAUCAAGAAGAGAUUAAUAAAUAUUUCAGACCGUGCACCGUAGACCCCGGCCGUAAAGAAUGUAAUAAGUACAACAAGAAUAAACGAAAGAAUACGAAGAGAAACAGAAGAAGAAGAAAAGCCAGAAGGGUUGAAGACAAUCAAGAGGAACGAGCAGCUGCCAAUUCACAAUUGAAAAGGUGUAGGAAGAACAAGAGCUGUUUCGAAGAAGGCGAUCGCAAGAAAAUGUCUCUUGUAAUCUUUGGUGAUGGCCUUCAAAACAAGGAUCACAUCAAAUUCAAAGGUCUUUGACGCGGCAUUUCAAGCAAGAUGUAUAGUCAAUUAAAGCAUAGAGAGAGAUUUGGAGAGUUGUUACUUUUAGAUAUUAAUG